AUGGAUCCCCUCCUCGGUGACGAAUUUGACCAACAGUGUAAUAUCUUACUGAGGAAAACGGACAUGAAAAAUGUGCUCAUCCCGAGAAAAGAAAGCGGGACAAGUGUCGACAUAGACUUUGCAGAAGAUAGGAAGAAAUGUGAACGGAAAAAUAAACGGGUUGUUAGGAUAAGGAGACAUGGGAAGAAGGGUGUAUCUGUUUGCUGCUUCUCAGAAGGAAGGACACCAACCAAGUUGGGAAAAUACCUUUCCGGUGAUACGCUCGAAAAGUUGAAUGACCAAAAUGGUACCUCCACAGAGGUGGACAAUAAAAUGAACCACUCCUUUUCCAGGAAUUACCAUUUUAUGAAAAAUCAUAAGAAGAUAACCCCCCAGGGUGACCUCCCAUCAACGGGUGGAAAGCUAUCCCAGUUUGACUUUUCCCAACACAGGGGGAAGAAAAAAUCUGCUGCGCUUAGGACUCUCCAUGAUGAGCAUUUAAAAAAGAAAUCCGUGCAUCCCCAUAAGGGAAAAAAAGAAAAGUGGAGACAUGACUCCCCCAAAGGGGGAAAACGCUUCACGAUCGCUGAUUGUCUAACAACUCAGGUGCGAAAUUAUGCCAAUUGUACCUACCUGUUGGGGAGGAAAAAAUGUUACAACUGUUUUAUGGCUACGCAGGGAGUACACACAAAGGAGGAUAUUCCCUCCAAGGGUGUCUCCAUAAAUGAGUGGAAAAAAAAAAAAAGUUGUGAUAAACGUACAAACAAAUCAUUCACCUUCAGUUACGGUUUUUACAGCAAGAAGGGAAAGUACCAUGACAAUGAGGACACAUGUUCGCAUGCCUCAUUCAGUUCUUAUAAAAUACGGAAGGAGGUGGAGCAAGUCAUCGAUCUCAUGGGAAGCAGCAAAAGGAAAUUCAAUCUCUUCGAUGAGCUGUUAAAAAGGUUUUCCACACGAUCGUCGAUUGUUCGCCAUAGGGAUGACUCUGCUCGGGAGACUAACCUCGGUGGAUAUGGAAACGAAUUGAAUCCUCCCCCAAAACGUUCAAAUGGAGACACAUGUAAGGUCUACUUAAAACCCGUCUUGCCAGUGUAUCACUUGGAGGGGGGAAACCCACCGACUGACCCCCCCAACCACGACAUAAUCUGCAGGUAUUUUUACGAAGAGAGGAUUGGCAACCACAAAGAGGUGAGCAGACACAAACAGAGAAGUGAGAAAAAAAACGUGCGCAAGGACACACAUGCUGUGGAAGAGGAGACAAAAAAACUACAGUUAAAAUGUUUAACCGAAUGGGGAGAGAAAGCCCAAAUGUUAGAUGACCAGGGGGAAGAAUUCUACCAAACAUAUAACCCCAACUUGCGCUUCUCCCAUUACUAUAAGUUCGUCUGUAAGGUUUGUAAAAAGUGCCAACAUGUGAAUGUCCAGCAGGGCAGGAUGUGGCAUCGUGCCUACCUGCGCUACCUCCACGGUGUAUCCAAACAGGGGGGGAAGAAAAAAAAGAAUGAAUCGUACCGCAAGAUGAGCGAUUAUACCUCCUCCAGCUGCUCAGACGAAUUUAACUACGUGAAGUUUUUCCCCCAUAAUGGAAAUAAGCGUUAUGGGGGAAAAGGCAGCACGCCAACAGGCGCAUCUGCGGAUGGGGAUUUUCCUGCCUUUUCCACUAUUAGGCAAAUGAACAACAUUAACGGUUUGAACGGACACACACAGGAAUACGUCCACAGGGAGGGCGAAAACUACCAGAGUGACUCCUCCCCAAGGGGAAUCGCGACAAACAAUUAUGGCGCACUGACCGACUACCUCACCAACUGCAAAACCUGCAGACGUCUGCUCAAAUAUGAUAACAUGGCGAACGAUUUUCUGUUGAAUUCUUGGAAGACGAAUUAUUUUUUGGAACAUCAAUUUUGCCUGAACAGGUCAGAAAAAAAAAUGCUCAAUCUACUUGCAGCUAGCCAAAAGAGGGAAAAGACAAUGUUUGGAAAAAAAUUCAGGAAUGAUGAUGAACAAAGGGGUGGUUUAGCUGAAGAGGGGAGGUGCCACUUUCUCUCUCAUUCCGAUGUGGAGUCUUAUCAAAACUGGAAGGAGCUGCAAAUGUGGAAAGAUGAAUUGGACAGAAAGGGAGAGCUCUCUCGAAGUUUCCUCAAGAGGUGGAGACAGAAGAUGAUGCGAUCAAGAGAGUGGAAAAGGUGGAUGGACGAAAUGAGAAGGUAUCUCUUUGAACAAUACUACGCGGGAUUUAUUGCCACGAAGGAAUCAAAGUCAGGUGAAGGACACUCGGAUGGAUCUUCCAAAAACAGAGGGGUGGACAACAACUUCGACAUGCACUUGUUCACCAUAUGUGACGGUCAUGGAGAUUCGCAUGCUUCCCACUUUUUAAUUCAAAAUGUGCACAAGAUUUUUUACUACCUGCUUGUUCACACAUUCUUCAAUGUACAUAUCUCCCUAAAGAUACUACACCCCCUGUUGGAUUUUUUAUACCAUCGGGAAUGUGCAAGGGAGAAGAGUAGCAGCUGUGCAGGGUCUUGCAUUAUUAACAUCCUUCUGAGGGAGAACUACCUUUAUGUGAACAACACGGGGGACAGCAGGUGCGCCCUCAUGACCUUUCACCUGGACAGGUUUGAAUACAGUCAGGAUAAACCAGCGGAGGAGGAGAACUGUACGAGAAGAAAGAAGCGAAGAGGGGGAAAGCCCAAGAGGAAAACGCAGCGCGUAGCGGGUACGGUUAGCAGCGAUGGCGACGUCGAUCGCGAAUACGAGGCAUACGUCAUCAACGAGAACUCCUUCUCUUACAACGAGCUGAACUGCGAACACAACUGCAAUAGUUACAUGGAGUACUUGCGGAUGUAUAAGAUGCACCUCUGUGAGGAGUUAGUGGGUCAGCAAGUGAGCACAGGGGAAAGGCGCAACGAGAAUGGGGAUUCUUCCGUUAGCGUUAGUAAUCCCCCUGGGGACAAAUUUCGAAGGGGUGUGCAGGACGAAGAACAGAUGGAGGAACUUCUCAACGUGAAGAAGACAAAGAAGAAGGUCGAUAUGAAAAAGACCAAGAUGGAUAUCCACUUGAACAAACAAAUUGCAAUGCUUAAUGGGUACCUACUAAGCGAACGCGGUAGACAAAUAAACAUAGGAAACCUAUCCUACGAUUUAAUAAAAUAUAAUAGAGUGGACGGGUGCCUACAUCCGUGUAGAGUUAUUGGAGACUACGACUUGAAGAGGAAGUACUGCAAUGGGCACUUCAUCUUGUCCAGCGAUUCGAAUGUAUACAAGUACGACAUGAAUAACAUUAAUUUGGCGAAUACGAUUCGUUAUCUAUACUUAAGGAAGUUCUGCGGGACGUGCAGGAGGAGCUACCUCCUCAGUAGCUAUGGCAAGAUUGGGCCCAUCAGGCAGAUUGUCCUUUUGGACGUUCCGGAGGGACGCCAUGGGGGGAAAACUCACACGAUGCGCCCUACUAAUCAACAGCGUAGCACCAUUGUGAGGAGAGCAGAGAUACCCCCUAAAGCGCGUCAACCUUCCGGGGGAAGACCUCCCCCCGCUGGAUUGUGUUUAAAAAUUUACAGGGACGGCGCGCCCAACAGUAACGUGCUUGGCAGCCAGGAGGAGAAGAAAAAAGAAAAUAUUCCUGCACAGAUAAACGAGCGGUUUGCACCCUACAUUAACAUCAAAAGUGUUUCCAUGAAUGAAAAUUAUUUAUGUUGUAAGGAAAGAAGGAACUUUUUCCACUUGCUGAUCAUUGCCUCAGACGGCGUUUUCGAGCACGUCAACCCGCAGUUCCUGUUGAACAUUUUAAAAAAAAACAAAUCCGUGUAUACCAAGGUGAGGAAGCUAUACCGAACGUACAACACGCGCGAGUUGUGGACAACCACAGCAGGAAGUACCCCCCAAAGGGACAUAAACAAAAUGAUGCACAGGCAUAUGCUCACAAAAGAAGAUUGUACUAAACUCGCCAGGGACAUUGUCAAAAGUUCGAUCAUGCAUGGCAAUAUGGACGACAGCACAUGUUUUUGUAUUUUUAUAUUUCCCACUUUUUUUGUGUGUGGAUAA